CCUUUGCAAUCCAGCAAUCAUCGUCAAAUCCGGCUUCCAUCCUGUUUCAUCAAUUUUGACUAUCUGAUUCCCUUCAUCGUCCACCAUCAACAACACCGCAUCAGGCGGCUACCAGCAACGGACUACAUCCGGCAUCAUGGCGGCACCUCCACCAAGCCCCGAUACCCCCAUCACCCUCAAGGUGGCAUUUGAUGGUGCUUCUCGCCGGUUCAAGCUCCCGCUCCGCGACCUAACUGCUAGCUCGCUGGAGAUCAAGUUGCGUGCCCACCUGGAGAUUCCCGCCGAAACCAACGUCGUCUUCGAGCGGUAUUCCGACUCUGCUGGCACAUACGUCACCCUUGAUCCCGCCAAUACUUCGGUCUACAAACAGUUGUUCCGCGCGGCCAAGGCGAAGCAGAAGCUUAAACUGCGUGUCAACCGUGCGACGGCAGAGACGCCUGCCCAGACCUCCACUCCCGAGGCGCCCCAGGACACCACAACAGAAGCCAAGCCCGCCUCGGUCGAAGGCGAAGUCACAGAGACAGAGGGCGAUGCUUCAGCGUCAAUCCCCACUAGCCCCGUGUAUGAAGAAACCACCGAGGUCAUCAAGUCAAUUGAGACGGACGCUUCACCCAGCAAAACCUUUGAGUCUCUCCAAGCUCAGCGCUCCGACAUUAUCACACGCGUCAACAACGCCAUGGACCGUAUCGAGGAUCUUCAGUCCCGCCUGCCCUUCGGCCGUGCCGCCAGUGUAGCGUCUAUGCCUAUCAGCGCCAUCUCCCACACCGACACCCAGGAGUCUACCCGUUCCGGCUAUGCCGUCUGCUGCAACAGCUGCGACCGGACCAUUCCCUAUGAGCAUUACCACUGCUCCGUCUGUGACGACGGCGAUUUUGAUCUUUGCCCUGACUGCCACAACAACAAGGGUGUCAUUUGCCACCAGUAUGGUCACGUCCUGACCAAGCGCUUCAUCAGCAAUGGCUCCAUCACUACCGUUGACACCAUGCCUCGCAUCGUCAACCAGGAUAGACUCGCACAUUCCAAGGCUGCAGGGGAACGCCUUGGUGAAGCUCAUGCCGAAUAUAUGGCCAAGCUCCAGCAGGCUGAGUAUCAGAGGGCCAAGCGCCAGCAGGCUGAGUUCGAGAAGAUGAAGGCUGAGAGCUCGAGAUCAUCUUCCCCCCCUCCUCCUCCCCCCGCUUCCCGCUACGAGAGCGUCCCUCCCUCCGUCGAGUCUUACUCACAGGCUACUCUGCGCACCUGCAACUGCUGCAUUCAAGACUUGCCCGAGGCCGAAUUUGUCCAUUGCCAGACAUGUGAUGACUUCGAUCUUUGCAAGGUUUGCUUUGCCAAGAAUCGCCACGGGCAUCACCCCAAGCACGCCUUUUCCCCUCUUGUACCAGGGACUUGUGCGGAGGCGGACGUCAAGAGCCGUCUCGCUCCGGGCCGCAACCAACUUCACCACGCUAUCUGCGAUGGCUGUGACAAGGACAUCCGCGGCGUUCGUCACAAGUGCCUCCAAUGCCCCGACUGGGACUAUUGCUCAAACUGCUACGAGUCAGCUUCAUAUAUCCAUGCCAAUCAUCGCUUCGUCCCUAUUUACGAGCCACUUGAGCCUACCCAUAUGUGCCCUGUCCCGCGCGCUCUUACUCACGUCGGAGUAUGCUGCGAUGGCCCGCUGUGCAACAACAACCGCUCUGGCUAUACCUACAUUGUCGGCGACCGCUACAAGUGCGCUGUUUGUGACGAUGUGGACUUCUGCGCCAAGUGCGAGGCGAGCCCCGCCAACACUCACAACAAGACCCACCCCUUGAUCAAGUUCAAGACCCCCGUUCGGAACGUCAAUGUCACGACUACCGGCGAGCAUGAGAAUGGACGCAGGAUGCCGGCCAUGGGUGAUCGGCCGCGUUCUGGCCGUCGCGUUACCACUUCGCGUGCCACAGGUACCGAGUCGUUCCAGUCCAACGUCAUGACUGUGGUGGACGUAAAGCCUUCCGAGCCUGCUCCCGCUGUAAAGACCGAGGAGGCUGAGACCCCGGCUCGUGCGUAUGUCGCCACAUAUGUGCGAGACAAGGUUGUUGAUGGUACCGUUUUCGGACCUGACCAUGUCUUUGAGCAAACCUGGGUCGUCCGCAAUGACGGACCCACUCCCUGGCCGGCUGGAUGCUUUGUCAAGUACCUUCAUGGCGAGUACAUGGGUCAUGUAGACCCAGCUCACCCCACUGCCACCGGUGACCUCGAGUCUUGCUUGCAAUCCAACGUGUGCGAGCAUCCGGUGGCUCCUGGUGAAUCCGUGCCCUUCACGGUUCUUCUCCGGAGCCCUUCAAGGGAAGGCAGACAUCUGUCGCACUGGCGGGUGUCCACGAAGCAGGGCCUCAUGAUUGGCCACAAAUUGUGGUGCGAUAUUGUGGUCAAGAAGCCUGAGAUCGCUCCUGAGGAGAAGGUACAGGAGGCCCCCGCCAAGGUUGAGGAUCUCGAGGAGAACAUGGCCAAGCUCAACAUUGAGCCUGAAACCAAUGACGCUGCCCCAAUUGAUCACAGCCAGGUUGUCUUCCCCAAGCUCGACAAGGAGUCACCUUCUGCCAGCGUCCAUCAGGAGGUCGCCCACUCUCCGGUCGAGUCUCGCCCUGAAGAGGAAGAUUACGAGGAGUGUGAAGAUGUUGAGUGGGACGAGGAUGCGUCCGAGUCCUUCAUGACUGAUGAGGAGUACGACAUCCUUGACGCCUCGGAUGAAGAGUCUGUUAGCGGCCCCAACAAGUAGUUUUGCUUUGCGCACUUUGCAUGUUGGGAUCAGGAAUUGUGACGAGAACCAUGGAUAACGGAGUGCUUGGACGGAAUGUUUUGUUGGGGUACUUGGGUCAAUUGAUGGGUGCUUUAAAUUGCUAGUCUUUUUUGCUUUUGUUAACGUAACCUCGUUGUUAUGGAAAUUACUCCUCUCCUACUGUCUUCUGUUUAGUUUGUGCUUCAUGUGAUAAGUCCCAAAGGACAAGUGUCUAGAGAGAAAUCAAGUGAUUAGUCGACGGCUCUGGUGAUGAAUUGUACUCGGUGUCAUUGCUCUACACUACACCGCUGCGCAUUCAUCUCAUCUUUGUGUGAACCUGGCUAUUCACCACUUCAUAAUCUAGAGGUCACUUCUCUUGUCACUGUUUAUGGCCACUCAGAUUGUGCUCAAUAGCUAGAAUAUGUUAAAAUAGAUACAUGGAGGUUGUUCCGUCA